AUGGCAUGGCGAUUUCAGGCUUCGAAAUUCAAGAAUACCACGCCUCACGUACCUAAAAAAGAGGUUGUCUUCUUUGAUGUUUUCAUCUAUGACACAGUUUUCGACUUGCCUAUCGGUAAUCUUUGUUGUUCAAAUAAUGGUAUUCAAGCCAGUGCUAGCUAUUUGGCAUUCCAUGUCGAAGGAGAAGGAGGCAAACUUGGCGCUUUGCCUAUAGGCACGAAAGGGAGGAAAUUGCGUAAGGAUAUAUCUCUUCUUUGUGCCCACAGCGAUCAAGUAGAUGACUUCUGCUUCAUGACCUUUGAUGAUGACUUGUUAGUAACGUGUAGCAGAGAUGAUAGUAUGAAAAUUUGGCAUCUUUCUGGUGAGAUGGCAACACCCUUUCUGAGAUGUGAGGUGUGUAUUGGACACGGUGUGCUUUUGGAUGCGAUGAAACCACACACGACCGCAUCCAAUCUUAUCGCCGCCACAUCUCUGAGCAAUGCCUUCAUCAUUGAUAUCGAACACAAAUCGGUGAUCGUUGAUGGAUUUAGUGACAAAGGUUAUUCACUUGAUUGGAGUGAAGACGGGAAGUUAUUAGCUAUUAGCGCUGAUAAAGGACGUCAGAUAUGCAUUUAUGACGUUCGAAGUGGCACUUCUCCACUACAAAAAUUGGACGUUCAUCAGGGACUUGGGCGUGAGUCCCGUGUGUUAUUUUGUGGUGAUCGCUUGCUCUCGAGUGGUUUCACUAGUAAACGCACACAAGAGGUUAUCGUGUUCGAUGUAGGAAAGUGGGAUAAACCAAUCCACACUCAGGAGUACGUUUCCACAACAGGGAUCUUGAUGCCACUUUACGAUUCUGACACCAGGCUGGUUUUCCUUGUUGGCAAAGGAACCAACAAGCUUUUCAUUGCAGAGUUCCAGUCGAAAGUGCCAUAUUUAUCACCAGUGUAUGAGAUGUCGAUGGCAGAGCAGAAUCUCGGUGCAUGCUUAGGUAGCAAACGCUGUGUCACAGUAAUGGACGGCGAAGUCGAUACAUUGUACCAGCUUACGAGGCAUAGCAUCGUACCAGUUCCUUGUAUUGUACCACGCAGGUCAUAUCGUGACUUUCAUGCUGAUCUGUUCCCUGCUACUCGCGGGCCAAAAGCGGGAUGCACCUCAGAUGAAUGGUUGACUGGAUCUGAUGCCCUUCCGGCUAAGAUUUCUCUAGCCCCGAGUACUUCCAACUCCAAAUCGUGUGCAUCUCCUUCAUUGCGUACCACGUCAGCAGAGAAUUGUUUACCACAAGUGACCGAAAAAGGAGUCUCGAUCUCUAAUCCGGAAAGCGUUGUAAAACCUGUGUCGCGUCUACGCACUCAAGACAUGCUUGAACAUUCAGAGGUUAGUGGACAGUCGUUAUCCGCACGUGUAAGACCAAAGUCAUGCGUAGUAGGGCAAGUGGCUUCAAAAUUCCGUCAUGUCGAGCUCAAGGCAAACGGUGCAGUUUUUACGAACCUUCGAAAUGUGAAUACACAGCUACCACUUGAAACUAACGGUGCUUGUGCAAGUGGAAAGUUUAUCGCCGUUCCACUGAAGGGACCAGCGGGUAUUGUUGGAGUUUAUGAUGUGAAGAAACCCGAAAAACUCCCUGAUGGCGUAAUGGAUGGAAUAUUCAACAAAGCGCUAGUAACUGAUCUGCACUGGAAUCCAUUUGACGAUGAGGAAUUGGCAGUCGGUACAGAUGUUGGUUUAAUAAACUUCUGGCACUUAACAACAGACGAUGGACCACGGAAUGAAAUGCAAGCUGAGAAAGUGUUGAAUAUGGGCGGCAAUAAAGUGCUUUGUUUCCAAUGGCAUCCAAUGGCCUCUGAUUUACUUGCUGUAGCGCUAUCAGAUAAUUCGAUUGAGAUUUGUGAAUCAAAAACGCUAGUUCAACUAUUCGAUGCUUCAUCGUUACAUGAGAUUCAUACGCAGCAGAUCGAUAGCGGUACACAACCGCUUGUGCCUUACUAUGACUACGAUUCAUCAGUUCUAUUCCUUAGCGGCAAGGGAAGUCGUAUCAUUAACAUGUACGAAGUCUGUUAUGAUCCUCCUUAUCUGCUUCCACUUACACCGUAUGUGUCUCCUUGCAUCGGUCAAGCGAUUGCUUUUCAUAAUAAGAAAAUGUGCGAUGUCAUGGCGGUGGAGUUUCAACGUGCUUGGCGAUUAUCAGAGAAAACCAUAGAACAGUUGAUAUUCCGAGUACCAAGAGUCAAAAAAGAUGUGUUUCAAUCUGACCUCUUUCCGGAUGCAUUGGUCACUUGGCGACCAGUAAUGACGGCGGAUGAGUGGCUAGCUGGUAGCACCAAAACUCCUCAUUUUGAAAGCCUAAAACCAGAUGGAGUUAGUGCCGAAGAUAUUUGGUCGGCGAAGAUUAAGGACCAUACCAUCGAACAAGAUGUUAUGGAAGGUGUUUCCGAAGAAGAAUGGACAGAAGCCUUAUAG